UCUGAAACUCAACUGGCUCCUUCCCUCCUAACUCCUCACUUCAUAGUGCCGCGCACUAAAAACAUCGGACGCUAGGGGAUCAAGACGCAUGCCACAUUGCCUCUAUGUGGGCACUUUAACAGAUCUUUCGGUGUGUUUUUUUCCCCAGUUAGGGGGCUGUGGAGGGAGGCCUUUUUUAUUUUCACAGUUUGAUGACUCUUUGCACGGCCGAUUAUUGAGUUGAUUAUUUAUUGUUUCGACCGUUGUUGCUCGCCGCCUUGUGCGCUUUUUUUUUUUUUUUCUUCCCUUUUUGGAAUCGGUGACCUAUAGAGCGCUCACCAAUGUCCUAUCCUCAGGGUUACCUCUACCAGCCCCCGGGCUCUUUGGCUCUAUAUUCGUGUCCGGCUUACGGGGCCUCGGCUUUGGCCGCUCCGCGGAAUGAAGACUUGGCGAGAUCCUCCUCUGGCUCAGCCUUCAGCCCCUACCCCGGGUCGGCUGCGUUUUCCGCAUCUGCCGGCGCAGGCUUCUCCAGUCCGCUGUCAUACUCCGCAGAUCCAACUACGGGAUUCCCAUCUUACAUGUCUUCUCCUUAUGACGCGCACACAACGGGCAUGGCCGGGGCUCUGACCUACCAUCCAUAUGGCAGCCCGGGGUACCCAUACCAGCUCAACGACCCGGCUUACCGCAAGAAUGCCACCAGAGACGCCACGGCCACUCUGAAGGCCUGGCUACAGGAGCACCGGAAGAACCCCUACCCCACCAAAGGGGAGAAGAUCAUGCUGGCCAUCAUCACCAAGAUGACCCUGACCCAGGUGUCCACCUGGUUCGCCAACGCCCGGAGGAGGCUCAAGAAGGAGAACAAGAUGACAUGGGCGCCCAGGAAUAAGAGCGAGGAUGAGGACGAGGAUGAGGGGGAAGGGGAGAGGAAAGACGUGGAGCGCUCUGAUAAAACCCUGGAUAACGGCGAGGCGUCGGCAGACGAUGAAGGUAUCAGCUUGCAUGUGGACACUCUCACGGAUCACUCAUGCUCGGCGGAGUCCGACGGGGAGAAGGUCAGCUGUGCGGGCGAGCUGACCACCGACCGGACGGCCGAAAAAUGCCCCGAGGACAGCGACGACCAGCACCACGACCACCGGCUCCAGCUCUCCCCCAAAGCCGUGACGUCGUCCCCUCUGACGGGAGUGGAAGCUCCGGUCAUAAGUCACCACCACCACCCCCUCCAUCACCUCCACCACCAGCUCCAGCGCGAGGAGUCCAGCCGGAGCCUCGUCAGUGGCCACCACCUAAACACCAUCAAACUCUCCUCGUGCUUUGACAGCAGGCCUUCCCCUCAGAACCCUACGGUCAAGCCCAAGUUGUGGUCUCUGGCGGAGAUCGCUACCUCGGACCAAAAGCAACAGCAACAUCAGCAGCAACAGCAACUGGGGCAGUCCGGGCAACCGCAUUGCCCCUCCUCCAGCGGGGGACUCCUCACUCCCCCAACACCUUCCAGCAACCCCCCCGCCGCCAGCACCCCCUCCCUCUACCCGGCCCCCUCCAUCCUCGGAAGACCUAUUUAUUACACGUCUCCCUUUUAUAGCAAUUACACAAACUAUGGCGGCUUCAGCCCCCUGCAGGGCCAGGGGAUCCUGCGCUACACUAACGCGUCCGGAGUGAGUCUGGCCGCGGCCGCUGCGGCCGCUGCGGCCGCUGCAGCCAACGAGGGUCUGAGCUCCUCUCAGCAGGCUGCGGAGGCCAGCCCCAGCCCCAAACACAGGCCAGACUCCCCCCCCCUCGUUAAAAAUAACCCAAACCAGAUUGCUGCUGCAGCAGUCGAGCAGCAGCAGCAGCAGCAGCCUUUCAGACCCACAAAUUUAGAGGCUAAGAAAGGUACGUAAUGACGUGACGCACUGAGCGACUGUUACCAAAAUGAUAACUUAUGAAAACUUAUUUAAUCUUCUGUUGAAGCUUGGAAUUGAUCGUAUGUUCCUACACGGGUGGAAGUUAAAAAAAAAAGGAGUUCACUUGUUUUUUUUCAGUGCAGACUAACUGGUUUCCUCUGUGUCACUUUCAUGUGUCAUUGCUGUGACAUUAUGGGAUGAGUUGUCUGUCUCUGUCUUACUUUGAGUAAAUUGAUCCCUUUUCCGUGCGACGUUGCAGCAGAGACAGACAUCACGUUGAAGCACUGACAGAUUAAAAGAGACGCUACAGCCUAACAAGAAAGUAAAACGUUUUUUUGUUUAGUUUUUUUGUCUUUUGAGGAGGUGAAUGACAGUUCACAUCGAACUCAACCCAUGACUUAUUCAUCUCCAGUACCGUCGUUUUCAGGAAUAAAGACUAUAUAAUGUCUCUGUUUAGUUUCUUUUUAAAACAUAUGCAUAUUUGUGGUCUGCAGGAUCAUUAAAAGCACGCGACGGCAUUUUUAGAAAUGUAUUUGCAGCGAGCUUGUCUGAGUCUGCAGAGGCCUGUUGCAAAUGGACGCGCAAAAGUUUGUCGAGCAAAAGGACAAGGCCGAGAAUCCAGCCCGUGAAUCCGAUAAGCAGAGAAAUGUUGCCAUAGCUUUGAACAGGAACCCUAUUUUUAAUGUUCCCCUUUUUAUGUGCGCGCGUUUGCGUGUGUGUGUGUGUGAGAGUGAGCGUGUGUGUGCGUGUGUGUGUGUGUGCGUGCACAGUGGGCUUCAGACCUUAUCUGUCAGCUUGG